AUGCGAGCACCAUGGCAACAAAAACAUUACUCCUCCUCCCUGAGCCAAUCAUGCAGGCCUCAUGGUUUCUGGAAAUUCAUAAAUUGUUUAAUUGGCUUUCGCCAUAGAGGCGUAACCGAAUACUUUGAAAGGAGCCCCCCACCAAAACAACAUUCUCUACCCAAACCUGCCACCCCAGCCCCUCCCUGGAGCCAUUCCCCAACCGCCGAAAACCCACGAGUGUACCAGACUACACCCGCCCCCGCCCCACCCGCCCCAACCUCACCUAUCACUUACCAACCCUCCCCUCACACCUCCCCCCCCAUCCAACACCUCUGCACAACCACCACCACACCCCCCACCGCCACCCCCCCGCACACACACCCCCCUCCACAAUCCCCCCCCUCCACCCUCCACCAACCCUGCCACGAUACCCCCGCAAUAACCCCACACCCACCCCCCAAUAACGCCCCCCACCACCACCCUCCCCCCACCCCAUACACACCAUACAACACCCCCUACCCCACAGAUAUACAGUAA